CGGAAGAGAUUUCUUGACUAGUUCAGCUGAAAAAUGAAGUGUCUUAUUCUCCUGGGUCUUGUCUGCCUCGCAGCUUCUGCCACUGCUCAAAGUGCUGCACUUCAAACCGCAAUCGCGGACCUGGCUAAGGCAGCCAAAGCCAAUGCGGACCUCAUUCAGAAGAACUUGCCCCUGUACACGCGCAUUAUCGGCCAAACGAAGUUGAACGCUGUAACCAAGUUCCGCAACGAUGUCAACAUUUUCUUUGCUGCGACGUUGAGAACUAAACUUACGGACAGUGAAGACGCCGCUCUGGUGAAGGUCAUAAAGACGAUCAUCUCCGAGCUUAAGGACUGGAGCAAUGCCAUUCGGGAUGCCCUGGCCUGGCGCUGCCCCCGCGAAGCCCGACGUGGAGCGGAAGCAUUUGUUGCCAAGAUCGAAGCCCUGGUUGGUUCGAUCGUUAAAGUUCCGGCUUUGAAUCCCGCUUCUGGGGCUCUUUUGGCUAACUAUCAGGCCUUCAAGAAGGUCAUUAACGGUUAAGAGUUCUUUUGAGAAAUAUGAACUUAUCAAAAUGUUGAGACCUUUUGUAAAUAAAAUUUAAUCAUCUGAUUUGGAAAAUACAA